AACCCCCAACCUCAGCCCCGAAGUCUGUUUAUAAUGUAUGAUCUAAACGACGCUCCGUCCAUUGAUUGGCUUUUCUUCUGUUAACUACGAUACUCGCUCCAUUUCAUUUCGUACGUAAUUUCUCUCAAAACUCUCAUCAAUGGCGUCCUCGAAACGCGAGUUCGCGCGUGAAGACGAUGCUCAACCUGAACAACCCGAGUCCAAAAGGAUAAGGUCUGAUGCCGAUGGUUCCGAUUCUCCAAAAAUACAGCCUUGCAGGAACUCCGUUGUUCUCAAUCCCGCUGAUUGCAACUUAGAUUUCGACAUUGGAGAUGAUGGUCUUAAAGGUUCUGCCCUUCAUGAGGAGGGGUUUGCUUAUUGCUGGUCUGGUGCUCGUGCAAAUUUUGGAAUCACUGGAGGGAAGUAUUGUUUUGGUUGCAAAGUCACAUCAGCCCAGCCGGUUAAUAUGGAAGACACACCCCCAGAUCAGCAGCAUCUCUGUCGUAUUGGUAUUUCUAGAGGAGAUGGUGCAGUGGGAAGCCUUGGGGAGACUCUACACGGCUUUGGUCUGGGGGGAACAGGAAAAUUUUCUACUGCUGGAAAAUUUUCAGAUUAUGGUGAAAAGUUUGGGGUUGGAGAUACAAUUGUGUGUGCUGUAGAUCUUGAAAGUAAACCAUUGGCUUCUAUAGGCUUCGCCAAGAAUGGAAAAUGGUUGGGCAUUGCAAAAGAAUUUGAUGCUGGUCCGAGGGGUCUUGGAGUGUUGGAUUCUCCCAUUAAAGAGCUACAAUGGGAAUCAGCCCUCUUUCCUCAUGUUCUAUUAAAGAAUGUUGUGGUUCAGUUGCAUUUUAGUGUUGAAGAUGGACUUGUACCUGAAGAAGGAUAUAAACCAUGGGCUUCUGCUCUUGAAGAUGGGAAUGCAAUAAUGGGACCUGUUUUCCCUGACAUAAGAGAUUGUGAAGUAAUGAUGAUGGUGGGUUUACCCGCUUCUGGUAAGACUACAUGGGCAGAUAAGUGGGUUAAAGAACAUCCAGAAAAGCGUUAUGUUUUGCUUGGGACAAACCUGAUUCUGGAUCAGAUGAAGGUUCCUGGGCUAUUGCGCAAGCACAAUUACGGCGAACGAUUUGAUCACUUGAUCAGUCGAGCAAAUGCAAUAUUUGAUAUCCUACUGUCCAGGGCUGCCAGAACUCCUCACAAUUAUGUUAUUGAUCAAACUAAUGUUUUCAAGAGUGCACGCAAACGUAAAUUGCGACCGUUUGCUAAAUUCCACAAGAUCGCUGUUGUGGUAUUUCCAAAACCAGAGGAGCUGAAAUUUCGUGCAGAUAGAAGAUAUAAAGAAAUGGGAAAGGAAGUUCCAGCUGAUGCUGUGAACAAUAUGUUAGCUAAUUAUGUUCUGCCCAUGAGCAAGGACAUGCCUGGUUCAGAUGAAUUUUUUGAUCAGGUUAUAUUUGCUGAACUUGGUCGGGUAGAAGCACAAAUAUACUUAGAGGACAUGAAGCAUGGUUUAAAUACCAACUCUGCUCCAUAUUAUCAGGAAACUUCUGUGGCCUCAUCAAUGGGGCCUUCAGUGCAGAAUCAAGGAGUGGGUGGUGGCAAUUGGGGAAGUUCUGAUCCUCCUCAUGCAUUGGGCCCGCGGCAUCUAUUGAACUAUGGGCACCAAAUGGCCAACCAACAGGUGCAGACACUAUAUCAAGGACAAGGAUACUGCUCUGGUGCAUAUCAAAGCUAUCAAUAUCACUCUGUAUCUAGAGCACCUGCACCUUAUAGUUCUAAUGAAAAUUUUGGUCCACCACACAAUGGGUACCUCAGAAGUUAUGGUGCUAUUCCUGCUGACCCAUACCAGAGCUACGGGCCUGUAGACCGCUGCAGCAGACCAAAUCUUGAUGUGAAGAGUACUGCAAUUUAUGCCGCUCCUACAUUUGACGCGUAUAGGAAUACUUCAAUUGAAGCUUCCCAGGUUGGAACAAUGAGGUCGCCUUCAUUUACAAACGCUGGAGGUCCUCAAAGUGUGCAGGCUCCCAUUGCACCCACAUAUGCUCCUAGUGCUUGCCCUCCUUAUGGUUCACAUUAUGGAACUUCUACUCGGCCAAUGUCUACAUUAUCAACUUCCUCACCAAGGCCCCCAUACAGAAAUAUGCCUAAUGUUCUGCAGCAUCCAGAUGGAUAUAACCCUCGUUGUACAAGCAAAAAAUAUCAGAAAGAAAGAAAAGAAGUUUUGGGGGCUUAAUUAGGAGGAAGCGGGAAAGGUGACUGUUGAGUUUUAAUAUAAGUAUCGAAUAAGUCUGUGCAACUAGCCAUGCGGGAUGGCAGGUAAGUACAAUAUUUAUAGUGUCAAACAUUACCAGCGAGUGCACGUGACGAAUUCAUUCCGACAAUCUAACUGUAUGACUAUCGAAAAGGCUUUGUUUGAUAUUAUGAAUUCAAAAAUAUUAAUCGGGUUUGCAUGAUUUUCAUUUUUUUUUACAUGAUUUGAAAGAAAAAGCUCAAUCUCAGCUGGAUGAGGUUUGUUAAGCUUAUCUGCCGAGCUUUUAACCUUUACAUUUUGAAAGAGAGAACGAAGAUGGGUAGCCUUCUUCCAUUUUGGUGUUUGUGAGCUUCUUGAAUUAACUUUUCAACAUCUAGAUUCUAUUGUAAUCUCAUGAUGAUUUAUAUCCGACUAUAUGAAAAGGGUCUGCAUGUUCCUAUGCAUAUAUAUAGACUGCCCAGUAACUUGCAUGUAUAGGGCUGAUAGGCAAAUGCCUGUGAUGGCCCUUGUAUAAUACAUACGAUAGUGUAUAUUUUUUUGAGUAUAUACUAUCCCAUAUUCAAGUC